ACUCCAAAAGUUGGAAGCAAAUGGUGCAGAUAAAUCAUGUGAUUUUCGGUUGGGUUCUUGUGUUGUGCCUCAUGGCGUGACUUGUGGACGAGUUAAGGGAGGUCAGUGGUAAAAUUAAAAUGAUCCUUAGGCAACUAAAAGAGCAAAAUUAUGUGGAUUGUGGAUGGUCCAAAUUGAUCAACUGGCAGAAGUAGUGGAGGAAUAAAUCAUAUUUCCUCUCCGCUGGUUUCUUGUUAGCCACAGGAGAGCAGUGGAGGGAAGAGCUCCUUUUCAUCCUGCCAAAACAAUCUCAGCAAAAUCAGUCCACGCGUUGUGUAGACCAAUUCCUUUUUCUUAUUGGGUGUGUUGUUGCACUGUUUGAGUGAUAGAUCAAUUCCUGGUACUCCCCCCGUCCGAGAAGUUUUAGAGUUGGACACGGUUAUUAAGAAAGUAGGUAGAAAUGAGUGGUGGAGGGUUGUGAUUGGAUGAGUAGUGGAGGUAGGUGGGAAAAGUGAAUGGUAGAGGGUUGUAAUUGGUUGGGAAGAUAAUGUUGAUGGAGAAGUUGUUAUAUUUUGGGACAAAUCCUUAGGGCUAAAAGUUGUUAUAUUUUGGGACGGAGAGUGUAAUUUUUAUCUUUUAUGUGCACUUCACUUCCACGUUGUACAUACAUGGUAGGUGUUGAGAUCAUUCUAUGAAGACAAACAACCAUCAGCAUUUGGUGUGGUCUUUAGACUAGGAUAGGUAAUGAGUUGACUUUGACAGUUCUUCCAUAGCGCAACAUCCUAGAAUUUCCUGUCUUCCUCCUCUACUUCCUCUUUACUCAAACCUAACCUUGUUUCACUUCCAUGUAUGCCUCUUGCCUGAGCAUGCCAUGGCUAGUGCUACUUUUGGUGCAAUGGACUCUGUCCUCAGCAAGCUCACCGACUUGCUGACCUUCGAAUACAAGUUGCUUGAGGAAGUGAAACGAGACAUUGUUUUCGUGAAAUCUGAGCUAGAGAGCAUGCAUGCUUUCCUAAAGAAGAUGUCUGAAGUUGAGGAUGAGCUUGAUGAGCAGGUGAAGUGCUGGAGGAAGGAGGUUCGGGAACUGUCCUAUGAUAUAGAAGACCACAUCGACGAGUUUGCGGUCCACCUCAAAGAUGAGCCCGGAUGUGAGCUGCAUGGCAUCCCAAGUUUCAUAAGUCAAAUUGUCAAAUCGAUCGCGUCAAUCAGGAAUCACUACCAAAUUGCCAAGGAGAUGCGAGGCAUAAGAGCCUUUGUUGGGGAGGCUAGCAGGAGGCAUAAGAGAUACAAGGUUGAUGAUACUAUCUCCAAACCUAGCAAGGUGACUGUUGACCCUCGCUUGCCUGCUCUGUAUAAAGAUGCAUCUGAUCUUGUAGGCAUUGAUGGGCCAAAAAUUGAGCUCAUCAGGUGGCUAACAGAGGGCGUGAGUGGCCCUGAACAGCAAUUGAAGGUGGUUCCCAUUGUUGGAUCUGGAGGAUUGGGCAAGACAACUCUUGCUAACCAGGUGUACCACAAUCUUGAGGGGAUAUUUGAGAGCCGAGCUUUUGUCACUGUUUCUCAAAAGCCUGACAUGAUGAAGAUUUUAAGAGAGAUACUUUCUGGAAUUGGGUACAAUGGUCUCGAAGCUGCAUGGGAUGAGGGUAAACUCAUUCAUGAAGUCAGAAAAUACCUUAGGUUUGUCAGGUAUUGUGUUGUUCUUGAUGAUAUAUGGAGUAUUUCUGUGUGGGAAAUAUUGAGGUGUGCUUUACCUGAGAACAAUCGUGGUAGUAGAAUAGUAGUUACCACACGUAUUACUGACAUAGCUAGAGCAUGUUGUGCACCACGUCAUUGUGAUAUCUAUCAUCUUAAACCCCUUGAUAAUACCUCCUCUCGAAGGUUAUUUUUUAAAAGGAUAUGUGGUUCAGAGGAUAGUUUGCCAAGUCAUGUAAAGGGGGUAGCUGAGAAGAUUUUGAAAAAGUGUGGCGGUAUGCCAUUAGCUAUAAUCAGUAUAGCUUCUUUGUUGGCUACUAAAGCACAGACAAAGGAACAGUGGGAGAGUGUAAAUAUCUCUCUGGAAUCUGGACUAGACAAGCACAUUGGUUUUGAAGGAAUGAACUGGAUAUUAUCACUCAGCUACAACCAUCUCCCACAACACCUAAAAACUUGCAUGCUGUACUUAUGUUUGUUUCCAGAAGACUACAUUAUUUCAAAAGAUAUACUGGUGCAGCAAUGGAUAGCUGAAGGAUUUGUUUUUCCUGAACAUGGACGGAAUUUAGAAGAAGCAGGGUAUUAUUACUUUAACGAGCUCAUCAACAGAAGCAUGGCCCAGCCAGUAGAUAUUGAGUACAAUGGUGAAGCAAUGUCUUGUCGGGUCCAUGACAUGAUUCGUAGUCUCAUAAUAUCGAAGUCAAAUCAAGAAAACUUUGUUACCAUAUUUUCCACAUCAGAGGCUGCAUCUGUCAUGACACCAGGGAAGAUUCGUCGGUUGUCUGUUCAGUACAUCGAUGAAGAAUGUGGCAUGGUUCCAAUGCUGCCAACUCUAUCACAUGCCCGCUCAUUUAGUAUUUUUGGACAUUGUAAUAAAAUGCCUUCUCUCACAGAGUUCAAAGUUUUGCGAGUGUUGGAGAUGGACGAUUGCUGGAAACUGGAGAACCAUCAUCUUAAGCAUAUUGGGAGGCUAUCUCAGUUGAAAUACUUGGGACUUAGAAGAACUCCUAUCAGUGAGCUCCCUGAACAGAUUGGAGAACUUAAAUAUUUGGAGACAUUAGACUUAAGGUUAAGCCAUUUAACAGAAUUACCAGCAGCUGUUGUUCGACUUCGACGGUUGGUACACCUGUUUUUCGAUUCUAACAUCAAAUUGCCAGAUGGAAUUGGAGAGAUGCAAUCUUUGCAACAACUGUCAUCUUUUGAUGUUUGUCGGAGUUCAAUUACCUCGCUACAAGAGCUCAGUAGACUAUCCAAUCUAAGGGUACUAGUGAUGUCUUGGAGAUCCUUUGGUAUGAUUGGUGAUGUCAGAAGCUACAACAACAAUCUGGUCUCAUCUCUUGGUAGGUUGGGAACAUGUAGUCUCCGGUCCAUAUACAUUCAAGGUUACAACAGUUCUCUGCAAGAUUUCUCACUGGAUUUAUGGUGUCCUCCUCCAUCUCUCCUGCAAAAAUUUGUUGCCAAUAAGUGUCUCAGUGUGAUUCCAAACUGGUUGGGCUCACUUAUCAACCUAUCUUACAUCAACGUCGAUGUUCUUCGAGCGGCACAAAGAGAUCUGGAUAUCCUUGGUGAGCUACCUAACCUUCUCUUUCUCAGGCUAGGCUCAGAAACAGCUCCACAAGAAAGACUCAUCAUCCGCGACCAGUGUUUCGAACACUUAAAGGAAUUCAAAUUUAUUUGUUUGCUCACAGAGGGACUGGAAUUUCAAGUGGGCGCUAUGCCAAGGCUUGAAAGACUUUGCUUUCAGUUUGUAGCAUUGGAAAUCAUUUAUGCAACUGGUGGUUUUGAUUUUGGUAUCCAACACCUGUUGUCCCUCAAGGAAGCUUUUGUCAAGAUAGACUGUUUUGCUGCUUGGGCUGGAGUAGGAAAUGCUGCUGAGGCGGCGAUCAGAAAUUCAGCAAGAGCACUACCAAACAAUCCCUUGCUGAACAUUGAGAGAUUCAGUGCCAAUGAUGAUGACAUGGAGGAAGAUUUUGGUUUUGUUGUUCUUGGGCGGCGGAUGCAGCAAAGAAUGCCCCAACCAGAGACAUGAUCUUUGCCAAACUGGAAUGACAUAUAUACGAUAGGAAAGCCACAUGCAGGUACUGGGCGUGCAAGCAGAAUGAGCGUUUGGGAAUAAGAGAGUGGAACAGCCGGUUAACGAGUAAUCUCGCAGCCAUUCCUGACGAAAUGCAGCCCAAGCUUGCAACUUCAUAUUGGAAACCAGAUGAGCAGUCAUACUACGUCUACCUGGCUUGCUGAUUUCCUUUUCUUCUCCUAGCAGAUGCUGUUAUUGUACUGUAUAUGUCUGUAUCCAGUAUUAAGAUGCGAAGCAUAACUCCAUCUCCAUGUUACCUCACGAAUGACUGCAGAGGAAUGUACAAGUAGAGAGCUGUGCUGUGGUCAACCUGCAGGCAGUCUGAAGGUCACAAAGUAGAAAUGCACAUGAAUUCCUGACAAUUUUACAACGCCCUGUUCUUGCCGGCCUCAUGUUACAUUAUAGCUCAUCAAACUGAAAUCUGAUCAUGCAAAAUAUAGAAUCCAGAGGUAAGCACAGCUGUCUUGCAUUCAUGGUGACAAAUGGUCAUCACACCAUUGCACAAAAGAUGUAAAGUGCAUAUAGAUCUGAAGAAUUUAGCUUUCACUGGAUUGAUGGUGGGAGAACUGUAACACUAUAAUAAACACAUACAGAGCAACUGACAAAAGUCCAGGACUACACUGACACUUCAGAACUUGACCUAAUAACAAGGCAAAUGGGUAAAAAAAAAAAGAAAGGGGGGGGGGGGGG